AUGUCACCAACCACUACAAAACCAUUUCGAAAGAGCUCGCCGAUUCGCGCUGGAAUGCUAUCGUCGAGACCUCAUGGAAGCUAUGCCACGCCGUGUCAAAAAAUGCAGGUACACGUCAAUUUCCAACACCGCCUCAGUCUGCGCAAAGGUGCUGGACCGAGUCUCAGUGGCCCGAAGAAUAAAGAGAUACCGAAGAAGAUGCGAGUAGGACCAUCGAAGAUCAAGGAAGAGGAAGAGGAAGACAGACUGCGGGUUAUAUGGAAAUACUUCACUGUUCUCUAUCGCUGGACAAUGAUUAGCGCUGCAUCGAAGGCCUCUAUUGACGGACAGGAUGUCGCUUCCAUUGCUUCCAAUCCAUGCAAAUACCGCAACCCACCACAGAGCAUAUGGCGAAGUGUUUGCACUCGUCUGAGAGAAGCCGUAGCAAGCAACUCACCGGAUCUCGUCGAAAAGAUCAAGAGUCGUAUCAUAUCACCGACGACGUGCUACAAAAGUGUAUAG